CAUCAGGGACACGUGAGGAGUGAACAACACACGGAUGAAAGAGCUUUUCCAUCAUUCCAGAGAGGGAGAGCUUCCGCCUGCAGGGGAGUUUCCGAGGACCCCUCUCGCCGUGAAUCGGCCUUGCCCCUCCCUCCUUUGACACCUGGCCAGCCUCCCUUCAAGGGUACCUGUGCUUUUUGAGAGCAGAACAGAGAAGCUGACCAAACUGUUCCAAGACCUGGAUCCCAUCUGGGAAUGUCCUCAGUGGGACAUCGGACAUGGAAAUGGAUAGAGACUUUUUUUUGUCGAGUUUCCAGCCAACGAAGGAUAAGCUGUCCUUUCAGAAUACGGUGCCGAAACUUUGAAAUAUGCAGAUUGCUGAGCUGAACCGUAAAUGCAAUCACUUAGCCCCGGCACACUCCCGAGGCGGGGAUCCCCGCCUGCAUGAAUUAUUCCUAGAAGCGCUGCCCCGCUGGAUCUGCAGACAGAAGUCUGCGGAUAGAGCCAGCCCGGGUGAGGUCCGCUCCUCCCAAGGGAACUACGUGCGGGGUGUUUAUCUCAGGGUGAAGCACCCCUGCCUCUCGUCCCCUGAAAAUGCCGAGGCCCAGGUCUGCACAGCGCUAACCUCUGUGACCGGAAGUGGCCUCGGUCGUCCUGACUCACCAGUGGUCAGUUGGGGUCAGAGCCAGACCAGCAGGCAGAGGAUCACAGGCAAAGAAGAGGAAAAAAAGCAAAACCGACGCGCUCUUAAUCUUCUCAGGGUGGGGAAACCUCGGACGCCUCCCCAGAUUCGGCUUCUCAGCUGUGGCAUCUGCCUACCGCCGAAGCAGGCACGGGGAAGACGGCUGCACGAGGAGACACUUGCUCCCUCUGUGGCCCGAGAGUCCAAGGGGAACGCACUCUCUCCACCCUUCUGCUUCUCCCCUUCCCCCGGGGGCCUCCCGGCCCCAGCUCCUACAGACUUCGAUUAUUAAAACUCACGGCGCUCAGACUCUUGGUAGGAUUUCAGCUUCCCGAUCUGAAACCUGGGCCCCGCCACAGCGGAGGCAGCCUCGGGGACACACGUCCCUUGGCAACAUGACAGCCCAGCUCCGCACUCUUCCCACCCCCUUCCUCCAUGCCCGCACCCCCCGUACCAUCCCCUCUGCUGCUCUGAUGCAGACCCGGGCUUCCCAAAGUGUGGGGUCGGAACCCUGGCAGGACCGGCACGCAGGAUAGGAUCGUUGGCAGAAAAUGAACGCGGUGUUAAGCAGCAUCGACUCGCGCCGUGCGACUUAUCGCCUUUUAAAGUCUGUCUCGAUCUUCCGAUUUCUUCGAGGAGAAAGUCUUGGUUUCAUGCCAAUAUAUCCCUCAUACGCGAGAAUCUCCCUUUUAACAAGGAGAGGGCAGGCCUCUGGCUCAGCGCCUCUGGUGACAGCUGCGUCACGCUGGAAUUAAAGGGCGUGAUUUUGUUUUCAUCGCAUUCAUUCACGCAGUCCCCUCCUGCUUAUGGGUACAGUGGUGAUUUGCAAGUGUCUUUUCAAAUAAAUUUAUUCUAAACAAAAACAAUUGUUUAGAGAAAGAUCCGCUCACUCGCUCAUCCAACAGAUAUUUAUGGGGCGCUAACUAUAGGCAGGGUGCCUCCCUAGACCCUGGGCAUGUAGAGUUGUGAAUAAAACAGACAAAAAUUCCCGCCCUGAGAUGAAUAGCAGAACAGGUGUUGUGCACAAGUCUGGUAAAACAGUACCAGUCUUACGUGAAUGUGUCUAGUUUGAGAGACAGCAGGGCCAGCAAGUACCUCUUCCCAGUGGAGGGGAAGUGACGUUGGCAGGGCUGGCGGGAGGGGACCUGCACCUGAGAUGUC